GCGAGCCCCCCACCAAGGCUGUGGGCCCCAGCAUCCUGAUGCAGAAGAUGGAGCACGGGGAGAGUUGAGGUUCACGGCGAAGAUCUGGCUACAGGCAUGAGGGGCGUCCGGCGGAGAUGACAGUGUUGGCACCAGCCUGGAGCCCAGCUACCCCCCUGCUGCUACUGUUGCUGCUGAGCCCAGGCUUCUGCAGGACCCCAGACUGCACCUUCCCCCACAGCCCCAUCUCCUCCACCUUCGCUGACACCAUCCGCAAGUUGUCCGACUACCUGCUCGAAGAUUACCCCGUCACUGUGGCCACCAACCUGCACGACGACAAGCUCUGCUGGGCCUUCUGGCGCCUCGUUCUGGCCCAGCGCUGCAUGGAACGGCUCAAGACAGUAGCCGGGUCCCAGAUGCAACAGCUGCUGGAGGAUGUCAACACUGAGAUAUACUUUGUCACCUCAUGUGCCCUCCAGCCCAUCCCCAGCUGUCUUCGCUACGUCCAGACCAACAUCUCCCACCUCCUGCAGGACACCUCCGAGCAGCUGGUGGCCCUGAAGCCCUGGAUCACCCGCUGGAAUUUCUCUGGCUGCCUGGAGCUGCGGUGUCAGCCGGACUCCUCCACCCUGCUGCCCUCCAGGAGUCCCAAGGCCUUGGAGGCCACAGCCCUGCCGGCCGCUCAGGCCCCUCUGCUACUCCUGCUUCUGCUGCUGCUGCCACCCCUGGCCCUCCUGCUGGUGGCCGCCGUCUGGUGCCUGGACUGGCGAAGGAGAAGGUGGAGGACGCCCUACCCUGGGGAGCAGAGGACACUGAGGCCCAGAGAGCGAAGUCACCUGCCAGAGGACACAGAGCCGGGACUCGGAGCGAGUCAGCUAGAGACUGGUCCCUUUCUCGGCAGCGCUGCCCCUGCCACUAUCUCCCCAGGAUGGAGGCAACAGCAGCAGCCGGCGCCCGCCCCCGCCCCACCCGCUGCCCUCUGUACAUAGCCCUUGUCCCCAGGAAAUUGUACAUAAAUCAUCUUUUUUCUACCAGUUCUGGUCGGGCCUGUCUGUGGGUGGGUUGGAGUCUCGGUGUUCCCGGUUAAUGCAGUGUUUCGUUCACUACCUGUUUUCCGAGGCCUCCGGAGGCCCAGGGACAAGUGCGAGGCAACCCUGGGCCCCGAGUCGGAACCAGCCCAGAACCUUCUCAAU